AUGCUCUUCGUUCAUUCUUUUGAUCAGCAACUUUAUCCAAUUCCAAACACUGAUAUCGCUGAAAUUGACGAAAUCCAAUCCUCAUCUUCUUCGCUAUUCUCAUUAAAAGACACCAGCCCUAUUCAAUAUCACCACCACCACCAUCACCAUCAUCAUCCACCAGCAGCAUCUGAAGAAUCGCCAUUCGAUCAUUUUCUUAUGAACGACGAUUCAGGACACCCAUUAUACCAGCAGCAUAACAUUGAUUUGACAUAUCAACCAUCUUCGGAUUGGUCCAUAAGCAACAAGUCUUCCUCUUCUCAGCAGCAGCAUCCAAGUGUGGAAGUCAAUGAGCACUUGUAUAUCCAAACACCAUCACAGCCUUCCUUCAUUCCAUAUGGCAGCACGAGCAGCGACUUCUCUGAAGUUGUGCCAUCCCCUGACAAUCUCUAUCAGCAAUUCAACACUUGGUCCAACAACAACCAACUCAAUCAUCAAGACGUCAAGGAAACUGACAGAUUCAAUCAUGCAAUGACUUCACCCGAUUUUCUAUUACAUAAUCACAAGAGACCAUCUCCUUCAUUUGCUGCCAACAUCAGCAGCACCAGCACCAGCAGCAGUUAUCUCAACUUAUUCCCCUCUGCAACAUCUACAGCAGCAGACAUAUAUCAGAAACCCCAUAAUACGCAAUUCAACAGCCCAGAUGCCAGUAGGUUUCACCCUCGUUUUAAGAGUGCCAAUGCUCGGCUUGAUCCCUAUUCUGCUGAACCCCAGCACCCAUACCAUCAGCAGCAUCAGCGUCCACCACCACCACAAUUCAUGUCACCACCCUUGAUUUCCAGCAAUGUAAUAGAUCAAGGGCUAUUCAUCGACAAGCCAAUCUCAUCUACAUCAACGGAUCUGCAAGUAUUUAGCAAUCAAGAUAAGGAUGAGACUCUAAACAAUGCUAGCAAAAAUAUGCCAUUUCAAUUCAAUGCAGUGCUUCAUGCUCCCACUGCGGUCACUAAAAAGCACGACGAACAGCCCGUAACCUAUCUCAACAGAGGACAAGCGUAUCUACUCGACCUCGAAUCCUCUGCGACAGACAGCACACUCACUAGCACCAUCUCCAUCGCAUUUCAUGAGGCCAGCCAUCGUCAAAUAGCCGAAAAUUACUGGAAAUAUUGGAUUAGUCAACAGGAAAAUCCCAAUGAAGCAAGAGCCAUUGAUUUGGAUGUAAAUCAAACAACAGGUGCCUACAAUAUUCGCUUGGUGUCAUUUGAUCGCAUAUCAUUUGACUGGCAAGGUCGAUUUGGGGCUAAGGUCUAUGUCCGAUUCAAUUGUCUAUCUACUGAUUUUUCCCGAAUCAAAGGUGUAAAGGGUAUCCCUAUGCGCGCUAUUGUGGAAACAACCGGCCUUCAUUAUGUUUCCUUGCCUAAUGACUCUCAAACUUACAAGGGUACAUUUGAAAGAACAACGGCUAAUAACAUUGAAGGCUAUGAUUACAAGGAGUCUUGUUACUGCAAAAUUAAGCUCUUCAGGGAUAAAGGGGCAGAACGAAAGAACAAGGACGACAAGAAGCAAAUGGCCAAACAAAUGGAUAAAGUCAUUGCCUCUACGAAUGGUAAACCAGAUCAACAUCCAUUAUGGCCUAUUAUCAGUCAAGCGCAUCAGCCAACCAGUAGUCUGCUUGAAAUCCCUACUUCACCGGAUAUUACUCUUGAUGAAUUCAGCAAUCUUGAAGAUCUCUUUGCUGUCGAUGAGAAACUCAGUUUACCACUACCUGCAGUAGUAGCCUCAGCACCAUCAGCGACAACAACAGAUGGCAAACCAAGAAAAAGCAACUGCUCGUUUCUGCCUAAACGCAAAAGAUCGGCAUCAGAUCAGCCCAACAGGCAACAAUUGGUGAAAAAACAACGCAAAGCCAAUACCACAGCACCGCUCCCAACCGUCUUAAGCUUUCGUGUAUGGAAUCAAGACUUUGCUAGCGCGCCUUGUGAGAUAUUUCUGGAUUCAUUUACUACACACAAUCUCAAGGUGAAGCUAGCGCCCGUAGUAUCAGUUCAUCCAUCGAGAAUCUCGGAAAUCCUGUGGCGAAAGAAACGCACCAACAGCCAAGAGAAAGUCAGCGAAGUCUUGGUGUUGGUAGAAGAUACUUUUAUCUCUGAACAUAUCCUGGAUGGCGAAAAUAUGACCGUAGCCUUGGAAAUGAAAGUAGAUGGCAAUUUUCGACUUAUACUAGAGUUCUAA